CCGGCUCGUGAUUCCUCGCGGCACAUAAAGACAACCAGAGACCACGCCGACCAGUCCCGGAAAACAGACCGACAAUCUCUACCUAGAUCUUGCCUCGCUGUUCAGAAUGAAGCUCGCACUCCCCGUCGCGGCCCUAGCCUCCGCCCUCCCGCAGACAGCAUCCACCCCCCCUCCGUCCUUCAAAAUCACAAACGUCGUAUCCGGCGGCACCGGCUGCCCCUCAGGCAGCAUCAACGUAGAAUGGACCGACGACGCGGUCCUCCCGAUCCAUUUUGGACCGGACUUCAUCGCCGCCGUGGGUCCCGGGGUAGCCACCGCAGACAGUCGCAAGUUCUGCCAGCUAAACUUGGCGCUGGCAUACAGCGCGGGCUUCAGCUUUGCCGUGUACAGCGUGUCGUACACGGGGUUCGCCGACGUGGACGCGGGCGUCACUGGGACGGUGGGGAGUAACUGCUAUUUCUCGGGGGAGACGGAUCAGACAUGGACGUCCACAACCCUGACUGGGCCAGCGAGGCUCGACUUCGCAAAGCGCGAUGCUGCCAAUGUUGCGCUCUGGUCGCCGUGCAGCGGGGCCGCGCUGUUCAAUGUCGAUGCGAGUGUGGCGCUGACGCCGCUUGCUGGGUCGGCGAGCGGGGUGCUAGGGAUCGCCGAGGAGAGCGGGAGGCUGAGCAACAGUCUGUAUGUUGUGUGGAAGAAGUGCGAGCAGACGUAGGGCAUGAGGGGAUACGCCAGGGGUGGAGCGAGCGAGUCUGUCAGAGAGGGAACGGAGUGGUUGUGCU